AAAGAUAAUUCUAAUUCGCUGCACAAUCGCUUCAGAGUGUGAAGAAAGAGAAUCAGUGAAGAAGAGGUUUCAAUUCAAUGGCGGUUUCUUCUCUCUCUACAACGUUCGUUCCUUCUCUUUCUCUCUCUUCCAAACCGAAGCUCCAAUCUCUAUGCUUUCUCUCCGGUAACACUUUGAGGUUUACGAAUUCAAAGCCUCUUCAUUCAUCAACUGUGGUUCAUGCUGCUCCGGAAGUGUUGGUUUCCGCUGAAACCAAAGAUGUUGAGUCUGUUGACGCUGGCGUUCAGGGUGAUGAGUUGGAGACUCCAAGCACUUCGGCAAUUAGCAUUGGAGCUGACGCCGACAUGAUGGCACCAAAGCAAAAAAUCAGAAUCAAGCUUAGAUCUUACUAUGUGCCCUUGAUAGAGGAUUCUUGCAAGCAGAUAUUGGAUGCAGCAAGAACUACCAAUGCAAAAACAAUGGGUCCUGUUCCUUUACCAACCAAGAGGCGAGUUUUUUGUCUUCUUAAAUCUUCACACGUACACAAAGAUGCUCGGUUCCAUUUCGAGAUCAGAACUCAUCAGCGCAUCAUUGAUAUUCUCUAUCCUACUGCUCAAACAAUAGAUUCUCUUAUGCUACUUGAUCUUCCUGAUGGUGUUGAUGUUGAGGUUAAGCUUUAGAGAUGUUUGCUUCAGGUUGAUAAGCAUCUUGAUUAUGAGUGAACUUCAACUUGCUACUUAUAGCAAAAGAGUAGAUAAUUGGCAGAUAUCAUGCAUUUCAAUCUUUGAACUUAUUUCUUUGAACAAUGCAACUGAUCCUUUUGUUUGCUUUAGAUUUUUAGAAAGUUUAUUCCUUUUGUUGCAUAGAUAUUUGCAUAUCCUAUUCAACAAUGUAAUGUAAGUUUUGUAUUAUGAAGUGCUAUUCUUCUAAA